AUGUCGAGCAUCAUACCUGUAGACCUGCUUUCGUUUGCUACGAAUCCAUCAUACCUAAGCACCCUUGUCACAACCAACACCUCCAAUCCAGACGUCAUCAGCCUCCUCUCCUACGAUGAAAGCUUCGUGGAUAUCAUCGGGGAAAACGCAACAGCACGCCAGCUGCACAGCUUCGACUGGCAAGCCUUCCACGAAGCCGGCGUCUACAACAAAGCCACAAACAAAAUCUACAUCACGAGCAACUGGGCCGGCUCCCUGUCAAACCUCGAAAACGUCACAAUCAUCGACAUGGAGGACAACUACUCCGUAACCUCAACCCGCUACGGCAACCUCUCCACACCAAACGGCGGCACAUCCUACUACCCACCCGGCACACAACAAGAAGGAACAAACACAACAGCACCCUACCUCCUCUUCUGCGACCAAGGCGACUUCAACAACUACUCCUCCCUCGUCUCCGUCGACCCCGUCACCGGCUCCUCCCAAAGAAUCCUCACCUCCUUCCUCGGCCGCAACUUCAGCGGCAUCAACGACGCCCGCCAACACCCCCACACAGGCGACAUCUGGUUCACCGACACCGACUACGGCUACUUCCAGUACUUCCGCCCCGUACCCGAGGUCCUCAAACAAGUCUACCGCUUCAACCCCGCCACGGGCGAAAUCGCCGUCGUGGCAGACGGCUUCAUUCAACCCAACGGCCUGGAAUUCUCCCCGGACCUCAACACCCUGUACGUCAGCGACACGGGCGCUCAGCAGUUCGAUCGCAAUUUCACGCGCCCGUCCACUAUCUACGCUUUCGACGUCAAGGACGAGAAGAGGCUGGAUAACCGCCGUGUGUUUGCGUAUGCGGACACGGGGUUUCCGGACGGUGUUCAUGCGGAUACAGAGGGCAAUGUGUGGGCUGGGUGUGGCGAUGGUGUGCAUAUUUGGAACUCUGCAGGCAAGCUGCUGGGCAAGAUUUGGAUUGGUGUUGAUAGCAAUAAUUUUGCUUUUUUGCCGGGAGCGGUGCUGGUGUUUAGUAAUGCGCAGUUGUGGAUUGUCGAGGGGGUUAAGGCUGUGGGGAGGGAAGUUUGUAGGGAUUUUGGCGUGUGUUGA